ACCAGAGUGGCCCUUCUGGUUGUAUCUAUUCUGUGCCUUAGCUAUCAUUGCGCGAAGGACGACAGAGCUACAAUCUACUCUAGUCUAGUGCCGGCUGCAAUGGCCAAUAAAGAGUCUAUUCUUGAGCGUCUAAACGCAGGGAUACUUUUAAUUGGAGAUGGUGGAUACAUAACCGAAAUAGAGAGACGUGGUUAUGUAAAAGCAGGGGCGUGGACUCCCGAAGUAACAGUGGAGCACCCAGAGACUGUUGAGUGUUUGCAUAAAGAAUUUGCUUGUGCAGGAUCUGAUGUUCUUCAGGCGCUCACUUUUUAUGGUAACGAUAAUCUGGACAAGACUACAACAGAACUAAAUGAAGUGAAUGAGUCUGCCUGCAAGAUCGUGCAAAAAGUGGCCGAGGAGUACAACUGUUUUUGGGCUGGUGGUCUUUCUCCAACAAAUCUUUAUGCUAAUGGUGGUCUAAAGGAAAAAGUCCAGCAAUAUUUCAGAGCUCAGGCUGAAAUCUUUGUGCGAUACGAUGCCGAUUUCCUUAUUGUUGAAUACUUUCACUUUUGUGAAGAAGCAGAAUGGGCUGUGGAAACUUUAAAGAAAACAGGCAAACCUAUUAUUUUUUUAUGUGUAGGACCAGAUGGUGAUCAUCGUGGUAUAUCUACAGAGGAGUGCGCUGUUCGCUUAAUCGAAGCAGGUGCUGAUGUUAUUGGCGUAAAUUGCAAGUUUGAUCCACAUGAGUCGUUACAAGCACUUGCAAAAAUGAAAGUUGGUGUAGAAAAAGCUGGACUUAAAACUCAUUUCAUUUAUCAACCUUUGGGAUUUCAUUGUCCUGAUGCUCACAAAAGACAUGGUUAUCUUGCUUUGCCUGAAUUUCCUUUUGCUUUAGAACCUCGACUGCUGACCAGAUGGGAUGUUCACAAACUGGCUUGAAGUGCUUACAAUAUGGGAGUAAGAUUUAUUGGGGGAUGCUGUGGAUUCAAAGCUUAUCAUAUUCGUGCAAUCUCGGAAGAGUUUGAGGAAGAACGAGGAAGUAAAGCUAGAAAUAGUGAAAAACACGACCCUUUUGCACAAUUUAUGUUUUUGACGGAUGCUGGAAGAGUUCGAGAUAAAGAAUAUUGGAUGAAAAUGAAUCCGUCUUCAGGAAGACCUUAUUGCUCAUCAUUCAGUUCACCAUUUGAGGAUAAAAAAUUAAAGUGAUCUGUUUAUUUGGAUUUAUAAGACUGUGAAGAAAAGAAUUCAGAAGAACUGUAAGACUGUGCAGAAAAUGAUGUCCGUCAAAACAUUGAAUAUGUAUACGAGCAUAAGCAACGAAUAAAAUUUCAAGAAAGUUUUGAUUUGUGAGGGCUUACAAACUCUCCUGAAUUACCUGUGUUUGAUUCAUCCAAAUGUUGAAUAUAAGCACAAUAGUGCAAUCAAGAGUAACCAGUAACAUUUCAAAACUGACCAAAAACAUUUUUUUAUGUAUAUUGUCGAUUUUAGGGGCUAAUGACGUUACGUUGAACAAAAAGAAAGCAGGGACGUAAUGAACGUUGCUCUGGUGUAUUGAAUUCAGGGAGUUAUAAGCUUCACCAACAUUAUGAUCCGUUUCAAGGAAUUUUGAUUAAACAAGGUCUCCUUAUGUGAUGCAUAACUUCUUGCGGCGUUAUGAAUUAUUCACUACUUCUUUCCUGAGACAUAAGUAGGGAUGAAGUGACGAUUGGAUGAAGCAAGAUAAUUCUGACAGCUUAUUUUGAUAAUCUUUGGUUUUGGAAAGAUCGAGACUCACCAGGAUUGUGCACAUAAUUAAUAAACCUAAUUUCUUCUUUUGUUAACUUUUUUUGAGGAGAAGUAUGCUCAUUUGGGUCAAUAAUUUUAGAAUUGCUGUUGUUGGAAUUAUUAGACUUAAUUGCA